CGCACGUGAACGCCCAAUCCCUACCCUCCAUGGUCCCCUUUCUCUCCCCUAUGCCCGCAACCCGCAGCGGUGUCGACGCCACUAUCGCGGACCAGUCCUCUUAUAUGACUCAUGUCUUCGGCCUCCGUGGUGCCGAUACCUUUGACACUAAGAAUCACUCGAGCAAGAUCGCUUCAAACGCUCGUACCUCCCGCAUUCCCUCCGACUCGACGAACCGCUCGGCCUCGAGCUCCAGCUAUCUCUCUACCGGGGCCCUGUCGGACUUUCCUCCCGCAUCCUCGAACGCCAUGAAGGUCCCUGUCAUGGUGCGUGACUCAACCCAGGUCAUAGGCCUGAAGAAGGUUGCGAGUAUGGAUGGUAGCACCCUUGACCUUCUUCUCCAUACUGGCAAUUCCAACAUGCUUCGCCCUCACGUCGAUAUCCGCUCCCAGCUCGGCAUCGGCAAGCCACUCUCCCCCAUCCCCGGCUCUCCCCCGCCUGCCCACUCUCUCAACGUUGGCAUUGACACUGCGAUUCACUCUGCCAAUGCCCCGGUCUGGCAGGGUGUCACUGAGCAGAGCGACUUCGUGUCCCUUGCGCUUAUCGACCCAACCACCAACGCGAUCGUCAACGUCCGCGUUCCCAAAUCCCAAUACUCCUCAGCGCUUGGCGGUGUUCCCUGCGAGAUUCUCUCCACCGCUUCCAAGUCCAACCCUUCUCACCAGAACGCUGCCUCCAAGGCCGACGCGAGCGCCAACUGGCGCAAUCGCGCCUCCGCCCUCUCUUCGGCCCACGCCAGUCAGGCCCACACUGCCGGCUUCGCCAAUAGUCCCCCCCCUGUGAGCAGUCCUCAUAGCCCUGUCAAGCCAUCCGUCGAGGUCCUCACCGUCGACCAGCUCUCGCAAAAGUACGGCCACAUGCGCGUGGACCCCAACACCGUGGCCGAGAAGACUACCACUAACAAGAAGGGCGAGAAGCCCGCUUCGGAGACAACCUCUCCAGCCAAGAUGCUCGCCGACAGCACGAGCCGUCAGAUCAACAUCGAUGCCACGCCUGUGAAAUCGAUGAAAAGGAAGAACCUCCGCAUCGCAACCAACAAAAGGAUCUCCUCCCCCUCCACUACUCGCAUCAAGGGCACUCCCGGCGCCGGCAAGCUGCUCAAGCCCGUUGUUACCGUAGAGACCGAUACAUCGGUCAAGCCCAACGCCACAGCCGCCACUCAGUGAAUCAGCACUCGGCGGAAAUGGGUCAUUGACCCCGGCCCUAUUAUCUGUGUAUCUCAAACUUCAACGAAUCAAAGUGUAUGGGCCAGUUCCCAACCAGUCCGUCUGACCACCUUCCCAUUCAUUCCAGUCGCUCCGCACCGCUCGCCUGGCCUAGCUAUUGCACCGGGCAUCCUACUAUACCCUGUUGAUAACUUACGGCGCGCAAAGCAUGG